AUGGCUAACGGCUGGGCGCCCUUCAUUGGUCUUCUUGUCACUGCGAUCUUCUGCGCGGCAGCAUGGAUCCUCGCACCCAAGGGUGAGAACCAAACCGUCUGGAGAUCUACUCUCGUCCUCUCCGCCGCCGCAAUGUACAUUAUGUGGGCCAUCACAUUUCUCGCACAGCUCCAUCCUCUCAUCUCGCCCGUGCGAAACGACCUGCGACCGGAGUACAACCAAGGGUAG